CAUGGUUUUGUUGUUGUUCCGUUCUGUUUUGACAUGUCCAUGAUAUCGAGUUAAGCGGUUUGAAACUAGGUGGUUUAUCAACAAUGUUAGUAUGACUGAUAAUAGUUCCACAAUUGUUAUUGACAAUGGUUCUGGUCUGUGCAAAGCUGGGUUUGCUAGUGACAAAACCCCUCGGGUGGUAUUCCCGUCUGUAGUGGGUCGCCCGAAUCGCAUGGGGCUAUUGGCUGGCAUGAGUGAGUCAGACUGCUUCGUAGGCUACAGGGCACAACGUACCAGAGGUCUCAUAACCUUGGAACACCCUGUAAAGCGAGGUACAAUCACCAACUGGGAUGAGAUGCAGACAGUAUGGUAUCAUGCAUUUGAUGAGUUGGGUGUCACACCGGAAGACCACCCUGUACUGUUAACUGAUGCUUCUUACAACCUCAACAAUAACAACAGGCAGAUAAUGACUGAGAUCAUGUUUGAGACCUUCAACACACCAUCCAUGUACAUUGCUAUUCAGGCUGUUCUCUCCCUGUACGCCUCAGGAAGGAGGACUGGUAUUGUGUUGGACUCUGGUGACGGCAUCUCACACACAGUCCCCAUCUAUGAAGGGUCUGUUCUAACUAAUGCUGUUGGCCAUCUUGAACUUGCUGGUCGAGACCUGACAGACUGUUUGAUGAGAGCCUUGGCCGAGAACGGCUACAAAUUCUCUUCUGUGGCGGAGAGAGAAGUGAUUCGUGAAGUUAAGGAAGAGUUGUGCUUUAUCGCAUUGGACUUUGAGCAAGAAAUUACUACAGCCAACCACAACUCAUUGCAUAAAAAAUAUGAAUUUCCUGAUGGUCAGGUUGUCAAAAUUGGAAAAGAGCGCUUUCUUGUGCCAGAAGCCAUGUUCCAGCCCUCACUCAUUGGUGUCUCUGGUGACGGUAUCCAUGAGAUGGUCCACAACUCCAUCAAUAUGUGCGACAGUGACAUCCAUAAAGACCUUUACGCCAACAUUGUCCUGUCUGGAGGCAAUACUAUGUACCCUGGGAUCGCUGAAAGAUUGCAGAGAGAAAUCACUAUUCUUGCUCCUUCUACUACGGAGGUCAAAAUUAGUGCGCCCCCUGAGAGGAAAUACUCAGUAUGGAUUGGAGGGUCCAACUUUGCUUCUCAAGAUUUGUUCAAGCAGAUUAGGAUAUCAAAACAAGAAUACUACGAGUGUGGAUCCAGAAUUGCCAAUAUGAUGUGUCUAUAAAUACAGCGAAGGAAAGUGUUAAGUUGCAAUAAAAUUGCUGAUGAACAGUUUUGUCAAACACACUAUGUAUUAUGUUGGACUCAGUACUCGCAUUACCAAAUUAGUUAGGUCUUAGAAUGUGAUAUUUAUUUUGUACAAGAAAUCUAAUUUAUUUUAAAGAAAACUUUGUGUUGUAUCGAGUGGAACUUUAGUGCAAGCUUCCUGGUUUGAUCAUCUAUGAAGACCAAAAAGUGGAUCAUGACAUGUUUUAAACACACUCUUAAGAAGAUUUAUUUUUGUUAUGUAAGUUAUCAGUAGUCAAUUUUUAGUUCUGUUACCAUUCAGUGUACCUAUGUUAAGCGCUUUUUGAUAAAUUAUCUUUUUAUUUUACAUACUAUUAGACAAUUUUGACCGAAUAAAACAAUUUAUUUAAUAAUCAUGUUUGUUAAACAUUGUAUUACAGUACAAAAAGGGAAAACCAGAUACUGUAAAAUUUGCUCCCAAAUAAAAUAAAAAAGG